UUCGUCGGGAGCGAUAGUUCCGCAGCGAGCAGUUCGAAGCGAGGACAUCUCAGCGGACUUGAUCGAGAGAGAGAGGGAGAAGGAGAGCCCCGCGGUUUAUAUUCGUUAGAAUUGUAUCGGGGAAAUUUAAUUGGACUGUGUUCAACGCGCAAAUUACACGCCCGCCUUUAUCGACGGUUCGUACGUUACGUGUUUGAAAUUCGUGAAACGUGUUUGCGCACUAUACGAAUACGGCGUAUAUCGGCUAUCGUUAAUCACGAGCACUCGUGAUCAUCACGGCCACACUCGGAUCCCUAUUCUUUCUCGCUGCUCCGAGCGUCGUUCGCGGUAUCUCGGUCUCUUGAUUCAUUCCGUGGGGGAAAAUCCUGGAUACGUUGACGAAUAUUUCGUUGUUAUCGUAAGAAAAUAAAUAUACUAAUUGAUAUAUAAUUCAAAUAACAUCAUUUCCAAAAUGAUGACUGAAACACAUAUAAACUCUAACCACAUGUUAAAUUCUGGUUUGUCUACCAAAUCAGAAAUAGAUAAAAUGGAUGAUGUUGGUUGGAAAGCCAAAUUAAAGAUUCCACCAAAGGAUAAAAGAAUUAAAACAAGUGAUGUUACUGACACACGUGGUAACGAGUUUGAAGAAUUUUGCCUAAAACGUGAAUUAUUGAUGGGAAUUUUUGAGAAGGGAUGGGAGAAACCAUCGCCGAUCCAAGAAGCUAGUAUACCCAUUGCACUUUCUGGUAAGGACAUCUUGGCAAGAGCGAAAAAUGGAACUGGUAAAACUGGCGCAUACUCGAUCCCAGUACUAGAACAGGUUGACCCAAGGAAGGAUGUAAUUCAAGCAUUGGUGAUUGUACCUACGAGAGAAUUAGCAUUACAAACAUCACAGAUUUGUAUUGAACUUGCAAAGCACAUGGAUAUUAAGGUUAUGGUCACUACUGGAGGAACCAAUUUGCGCGAUGACAUUAUGAGGAUUUAUCAAAAAGUACAAGUGAUAAUUGCAACGCCAGGAAGGAUCCUUGAUCUGAUGGAUAAGAAUGUGGCCAACAUGGAACAUUGUAAAAUUCUAGUUUUGGAUGAAGCAGACAAGCUGCUAUCGCAAGACUUUAAAGGAAUGUUGGAUCAUGUUAUAUCGAGAUUACCACACGAACGUCAGAUUUUGCUGUAUUCAGCUACAUUUCCUCUGACUGUGAAACAAUUUAUGGAGAAACACUUGAGAGAUCCAUACGAGAUUAAUUUAAUGGAAGAGUUGACACUAAAAGGCGUAACACAAUAUUACGCUUUUGUACAGGAACGACAAAAAGUUCACUGCCUUAACACGCUAUUUUCCAAGUUGCAAAUAACGCAAAGCAUAAUCUUCUGCAAUUCAACGCAACGCGUCGAAUUACUGGCUAAGAAAAUAACAGAUCUUGGAUAUUGCUGUUAUUACAUACACGCGAAAAUGGCGCAGGCGCACCGAAAUCGCGUAUUCCAUGAUUUCCGUGCAGGAUUAUGCCGAAAUCUCGUGAGCAGUGAUCUAUUUACCCGCGGUAUUGAUGUUCAAGCUGUGAACGUCGUAAUCAAUUUUGACUUUCCGAAGAUGGCAGAGACAUAUCUGCAUCGAAUCGGCCGAUCUGGAAGAUUCGGUCACUUAGGUAUAGCAAUUAACCUAAUCACAUACGAGGAUCGCUUCAACUUACAUCGUAUCGAACAAGAGCUUGGAACAGAAAUUAAACCUAUUCCGAAGGUGAUAGACCCCAGUUUGUAUGUAGCGAGACCAGAAGACAAUAAUAGUAUGGAAGAAGGUAAUGUGUCUAAGUAGUUUCGAUACACUGUCGCAACACGAAGCUUCACAUGCGCUCAGAGUUUAAAUUGUGAAAAUGGUGAUCGUGACUCGUUCAUAUAAGGCAUACAAUUGUGCUUUGAACUCACUGGGGAGAGUGAAGACAGUUGAACCUGAGGAGGGGUUUAAAUAUGUAAACAGAUAUGUGAAUAGAGAAAAAAGAGAACAUAUGUAAACAAUAUGUAAACAGAUAUGUGAAUAACGUAAUUAAUCAAUCAUUGCAUUUUAUCAUAACUGUAAAUAUUACAUGCGGGUACACACACACAAAACAUCGUUUUAAUAGAGGAUUUUUAUACAACGGCUUCAUUCUUCCAGUAUUUCUUUUCUUCUGUUGUUUAACGGUUAAGAAAGGUGGCAUGUAUGAUUUAGAGAAAGAAACUAUCGGCCAAUUUCUCACACAUUGAAUGCAGCAUACCGAAUCCACGUGCUCAUUACUUUUGUACUGUCAUGCAUAACUAUAUAAAUUGUUCUUAAAACACCAAUAAGAUUACGUAUAUACAUAUAAAUUGCUCUUCAGCAAUCAAGUAAGAUUUGGAUAUUGAAACAUUUCAUUCAUCCGUUGUAAUGUUUUGAUCGUGGCUUGAUUUUGCUAUAUCUGUCAAUACUGUCAUACAACUCUGAAAUUCAAAUCACUUCUCAAUGCCAAAUCUCUUUUUUCAGUUUUAUUUAAUCGUUAGUGUAAUUUCUUUUUUUUUUUUUUUCUUUUUCUUUGGAACACAUAAUUGGAUUUUCUUUUUACAGUACCGUGAUUGAGAAUCAGAGGUUGUACAAUUGACUAGUUUUAUAUAAUUAUUUUUUAUAAAUAACUGGCUGGUGGGCUCUCUUAAAUGGAGGUUCUAUGUGCGAUUGCUGAUAAAGUGGCAUAUGUCCGAUUGUACAUAUGUUUAAUUAUGCGACAGCAGUCAAUCGAAGUUCGAGAUCUAACUAAAAAUGGUGAGAACAUCUUGCCGAAAUCAUAUGGCGAAGGAUGAGGAGUGACUGGUAGGAGGUAGUAGGCGAAUUAGAAUGUAAAAAGAGCGGUGGCGUUAUAUAUAUCAUAUGACGCAGCGUAAGGAUGCAGCAUUUUAUUCCCCGCUACCAAGUACCGCGCCUCACGAAAGAUGAAAAUAACUGCCAUUAUUAUCUCUGAUAUAACAUUAACAUAGAAUCUCCAAGAGUCGCGGUUUAAUCUCGAGUGAACUUGUCGCAAGAUGCGUAUGGAAAAGCGUGUUGGAAAAAUUGUCGUUCGAAGUGCAUGACUACAAUCGAAAAUUCUGAAUUCGAAGGAAGCAGGCCACCAGCCAAUAUGACUUAGGUUUACGGAGCGAAAUUUGUACAGAUUAAUAGGCGAUACCAAAAUAUUUCGUAUAUGAGGCGAGAAAACGUCUUUAAAUGGAAUAUUAACGGUGACAAAAGGCGGUUUAAAAUGUGUUUAGGGCUGCAGAGUGUCAGUUGUAAACUGUGAGAUUUGUCACAGAGACUGGUGUAGAAUAGAUGUACAGUAAUGAAGUAACUGCUGACACACGAGAAAAACGAAGCAUCGAAGGGAAAAGUGGGAUUGCAUACGCGGCGGACAUUGAAUUAGAUGUGUGUAGAAUGUAGAUCCGGGUUGAUGGUUGUUCAUUAUAAUCUGUAAAAGUACAAGUUACUCCAAUUUGAAAAUUAGCAUUGAAUUCCGGGCACAUCCAUCGUGUGUGUAUGUGUGUGUGUGUGUGUGUUUGUGCGUGUGAGUGACGAGGCAACAGCAGCUCAUAAUCGUGUGUGUGUGUGUAAUUAUCGUAAAGGAGAAACGCGAUGUGUAUAUAUAUAUACUCUCUUCACAAGGAACGUAUCACGGGGGAGAAAACGACUGAAUUUUCUUAGCACCGACCUCGUUCCGACAUAUUGUAAUUACGUAAUUGUAAUUUUACAUUUCUAUUUCUCUGCUUCUCCUUAACCUUCGAUUCGCGACGAAACUUAACUCUCGACUAAGUGCGAUCUUAGCUACGGCUGUGACUGUUGCACCGGGCGGAUAAAGAUCGAGAAUCGAGCGCGGGCGAGAGGAGAGCGCGGCGUGUUGCGCGCACAAUGCGAGAACUUUGUCAUCGGUGAUAUAUAUCUGACAAAGAGAAAGAGAGAGAGAGAGAGAGAGAGAGAGAGGGAGAGAGACAACGAAUCUUGACGCGACCGCUUCUGAUUUAUCAGAAGUCGAGCCCGUCUUCUCCGCUCGGGCGAGAUAACAACGCGAGCAAAUAACAAUAACCGCCGCGUGACGAGAUGGUGCCACACUGACCACAUGUAAAAAAUAAACAGUCUUGAACAACCAGCGGCCCGGAAAGCCAGCGAUUACAUCUGCUACGUUUUAAUAAUUCGUUAGGUACAAUAACGUCUCCUUGGUGUCGCCGUUCUGAGGCAGGAGAGAGUACUGUAAUAUACUGUCGUAGCGCUAAAUGCAUUAGCAACCGUUUUUUCGCCAGCCAAAACCGAUUUGUUACGGAUGCCGUCGAAUUGCGAAAUUCAAACUUUCUGUAAUGUGUAAAGCAGUCUAAAAGGAGGAUUUAUUCUUAAGGGAUUUACCUUCCCAAUUUGGGAAGCGCGCGCGCGGCUCAACAGUUCUGUUGAACUAGAAAGUUUCGAGGAUCAAGUGUAAAAAAAAAACGCAAGCGUGCAUCGUGACGUUACAGACUGCGCGGGGAAUCUCACGAUGCACGAGUGUCGGGGAGUGAGAUCAUUAUUAGCGAUAAGAGACACACAAUGCGAGAGAGAGUACAUACAGGGCUUAACAUUUCUAAAACGAAAGUCACAUUUAUACAAAUUGGCAGCGACUUAUCAAAAGCCACAUGAGAUACGUCAUUCUUACUUUGUGUGUUGUACAUGUUGCUGUGCAAUUCGAUCUUUUCGUCUGUCGUCGAUACAUUUAUCUCAAGGUGCGGGUCUCACCGAUCGAAUAGCAUGCCGCCCACUGCAUAUUCAUUCGAACGAUGAGAAUCGCACACGAUUACAUCGUAGUCCCCUAAUAUUACGGUCUCUUUUAUUUUUAUUAUCUACUUAAUGUAGGAGAGCACAAUGGGCCCCACGGAAUCGUUUCGCCGGCACGAUCAGCGAGACCGAUCUGUCGGUCCCAUUUGCUUACUACGAAAAAUCUAUUCUUAUUCCGUUAGUUUCUCCUAUUAUUUUGCUCGAGAUAUUUCUUCGAAAACGAUUCUUUUGGCAACCUUAUUACAUGUAGACUAAGCAGCGUAGCAACACUUAGUUUUACUACGCUGUAAUUGGAAACACCGAUAGAUCCAUUAUGGAAUCUAUUUUGCGAAGUGUAUUUUACUUAGCUUUCGAAAGAGCCAAGCACCAGUUCGUUCCACACCUCGGGAAUCUUGUUGAAAUUGUACAAACAUAUAUAUAUAUAUAUUUAAUUCUCGUCCAAAUUCUCUUCAAUCGAGAGCUUAUUCGCUUAGCUAAAACGCACGACAUUCAUAUUUGUAUAUUUUCAAGAAUUACCAAAAUGUGAAAUAUCACGUUAUUCAUUGAGAUUUGUUCUACAAGCACUACGAGAAAAGUCGCGUGCUUGGCUCUUUCGAAAGGAUGAUCUUGCGCGAGGUGAUUAUAUAAACUUAGAUAAAAGUGGGCGUAAAUAAUAUAAAAGGAAAAAAAAGGAACACAUUGGUUAGCAAUGUUGUGUGAGCGGACUGCGAAGAACGCGGUAGUUUUAUAAUCUUUACUUCUUGCAGCCGUACGUACAGAUAUAUAUAUAUGUGCCGUUCUUGUAUUCCAAAUUACAGAUGAAUAAUUCUUUAACCGGGAGAGAUACUGGGAAAAACGAGUUUAACGUAUGUGUGCCCGUAAUGUGUAAAUUCCGUAGAGCUGCAAGUUGCCAAAGUAACAUUUUCUUACUUUGGUAUUCCUCCGACCGCGUCUUCGCACGUCUGACCCACAUGGUAAUCUCCAAGCGCGGUCCCGCGACCGGGCUUGGAUGACAAGGAGAGAGUGCCCUUGAUAUGAUGAAAGUAAGCGAGUGUAAUUCUUACAAUAAUGUAGGAAUAUGAUUUUGGAAGUGUAAAACGGGUUAACAUCCGGGCGUGUGCCAGAAUUUGCGAAUUUGCCGCCCCACGAACAUCCGAAGAAGGGGGGCAUUCGCAAAUUUUACUUAUCAAUAUCUACGAUUUAAAUCGUAUAAGAGCGCGAAGGAGAACACUUUGUGUGUAUGUGUGAGAGAGAGAGAGAGAGGGAGACGGAGAGAGAAACGAGCUCUGCAAAGUGCUCGUAGAUCUCGUACCUUCGCAAGAGUAUACCCAUUGGUUAAGCCAAUGCGGCGAGCUGCGUGCAAGCACAUUCCCAACUAACCGAGCGAGAAUCGAUCACAUCAAAAGUUUAACAUCCAGAGACAAACGAUCUUUCCGGUUUCGAAUAACAUGCGCAGCUCGAUCAAUGGUAUUGGAAUUAGAUCUCCAAUACAACGUGAAACAUAUUAAAAAGAAGAAAAAAAAAGCAAAAAAAAGAGUAAAGUAUAAUUCGUUCGAGAUACGCGAAACAAUAUCAGUUUUAUCGAUCUAUCCGUGCUUUACCGUUUUUGUUAAAGAACAUACUCAUUAUUAAUCAUUUAUUUAUCGGAUUGCGGAACAAAGCAACGCUCAAACGGCAUACCUGAAACGUUCUACGAUACGAUUAUUACCUUUGUUACUCCUCUCUCUCUAUUAUUAAUAUCCUAAGCUAUUAUUAUUAACGUGAUAUGAACGAAAAAUUUUCGACACAAUAAUAGACAUCGAUUUAUUUUGUGACGUUGAAAUCUCCGAGUUUCGGUUGUUCGUAAAUACAAGCGGCAUAACACAACGGAACCAUCUUCUUCGCGUUUCGCAACCCGGAGAAUUGAUGUCUCUGUGUCCGUAUUUUAUACCUGAAAUUCCGUUCAGACGAUGCAAUUAGUUAUUUAAAAAAAGAAAGGGAAAAAAUUUACGACCGAAUGAACGAUACGUAGGGAAACGACUUCGUAGUGUUAUGCAACUUGCGUCUUCAUUUACAAAUAACUCGCGACUCGCGCGUGAUUGUACGCAGAUGGAAUACUCUGUAUUUCUGAUUUUUAUGUGCAUUUGUCAAGACAAUUAUUCCCGUGAUCUGUGUUACAAUUUCGGAGACGGUCUCUGAUCCGUGUGAAAUCAAACAAAUUUACACAAGCUGUUUCUUGUUCCAGCAGUAUUAUGAUUUUUUUCUUUUUUCCAAAUUGUAAAGAUGGGUUUGCGCGUGACUACAAGAAGAACAUUUUUUUUUUUUUCAUUUGCCUUUGCCGUUCUGUUCGGCUCAAACCCGAUCUAAUAAGCCGUUAUGUCAAUUUUGUUUCCUGUGAAGGGACAGAACAGCGUAGCUCUUUCGUCCCUUAAUAAAAAUUCUGUUUCAGUACA